AUGAGGAGGCAGCGGCACGGAGACCUCAGCCAUGCAGAGCUGAUGAUGAUGACGAUAGCCGACAUCAUAAAGCAAUUAAUUGAGGCUCACGAGCAGGGAAAAGAUGUGAAUCUGAAUAAGCUGAAAACCAAGACGUCAGCAAAGUACGGACUUUCAGCACAGCCGCGUUUGGUUGACAUCAUCGCUGCUGUUCCACCACAGUACCGCAAGGUGCUGGUACCGAAGCUGAAGGCCAAGCCUAUAAGGACUGCUAGCGGGAUUGCUGUCGUGGCUGUGAUGUGUAAACCACACAGGUGUCCACACAUUAACUUCACAGGCAACAUAUGUGUAUACUGCCCAGGUGGACCUGAUUCUGAUUUUGAAUAUUCAACACAGUCCUACACCGGAUAUGAGCCAACGUCCAUGAGGGCCAUUCGGGCCAGAUAUGACCCCUAUCUCCAGACAAGACACAGGGUGGAACAGCUGAAGCAGUUGGGCCACAGCGUGGAUAAAGUAGAGUUCAUUGUGAUGGGUGGAACAUUCAUGGCUCUGCCUGAAGAGUACAGAGAUUACUUCAUCAGAAACCUUCACGAUGCCUUAUCAGGUCACACUUCCAAUAAUGUAGCAGAGGCCGUCAGGUAUUCAGAACGAAGCCUGACAAAAUGCAUUGGGAUAACGAUAGAGACCAGACCGGAUUACUGCCUGAAGCGGCAUUUAAGUGACAUGUUGUCCUACGGCUGUACGAGGCUGGAGAUCGGGGUGCAGAGCGUGUACGAGGACGUGGCCAGGGACACCAACAGAGGUCACACCGUGAAGGCUGUGUGCGAGUCCUUUCACUUAGCCAAGGAUGCCGGCUUUAAAGUGGUGGCGCACAUGAUGCCUGAUCUCCCAAACGUGGGCCUUGAAAGGGACAUGGACCAGUUUGUUGAGUUUUUUGAGAAUCCUGCUUUUCGCCCAGAUGGUAUGAAGCUCUAUCCGACACUCGUGAUCCGUGGCACGGGUCUGUACGAGCUCUGGAAGACUGGAAGAUACAAGAGCUAUCCCCCCAGCACCCUUGUGGAUCUGGUGGCCAGAAUCCUGGCCCUUGUCCCACCGUGGACACGUGUAUACCGUGUUCAGAGAGAUAUCCCAAUGCCGCUAGUCAGCUCUGGAGUGGAGCACGGGAACCUGAGAGAGCUUGCCUUGGCCAGGAUGAAAGAUCUUGGGACCCAGUGUCGUGAUGUAAGGACAAGAGAGGUUGGAAUUCAAGAAAUUCACCAUAAAGUGAGACCAUAUCAGAUUGAAUUAGUCAGAAGAGAUUAUGUGGCUAACGGUGGCUGGGAGACCUUCCUGUCCUACGAAGAUCCAGAGCAGGAUAUUCUCGUUGGCCUUCUACGCCUGCGCAAGUGUUCAGAGGAGUCGUUCAGACCUGAGCUGAAAGGAGGCGUUUCCAUCGUCCGGGAACUGCACGUGUAUGGGAGCGUGGUCCCCGUGAGCAGUCGGGAUCCUUCAAAAUUUCAGCACCAGGGAUUUGGUAUGUUACUAAUGGAGGAGGCAGAAAGAAUAGCCAAGGAGGAGCACGGGUCAUGGAAAAUUGCUGUAAUUUCAGGUGUUGGCACAAGGAACUACUACAGGAAGAUCGGCUACGAGCUGGAAGGGCCUUACAUGGUGAAAAGGCUGGACUGA